AGCAACUUAAACUGUAGAAGAUUACUAAGCACUAGGGUUUCUUAUUGCCUCCGCUGUCGUGCCUCUGCUUCUGAAGGAAACCCUAACCUAACCAGCCUAUUCACUAGCAACCAUGGCAGUCGGAAAGAAUAAGCGGAUUUCUAAGGGAAAGAAGGGAGGAAAGAAGAAAGCGGCCGAUCCGUUUGCUAAGAAGGAUUGGUAUGACAUCAAGGCACCUUCACUCUUCAAUAUCAGAAAUGUUGGCAAAACCCUAGUUAGUAGAACUCAGGGUACCAAGAUUGCUUCUGAAGGACUCAAACAUCGGGUUUUUGAGGUUAGUCUGGCUGAUCUUCAGAAGGAUGAGGAUCAGGCCUACAGGAAGAUCCGACUGAGAGCGGAGGAUGUACAGGGCAAGAAUGUGCUCACGAACUUCUGGGGAAUGGAUUUUACCACAGAUAAGUUGAGGUCUCUUGUUCGCAAGUGGCAGACAUUAAUUGAGGCUCAUGUGGAUGUGAAGACGACAGACAACUACACUCUUAGGAUGUUCUGUAUUGCAUUUACCAAGAAGCGUCAGAAUCAGCAGAAGCGAACUUGUUAUGCCCAGUCCAGCCAGAUCCGUCAGAUCCGUCGCAAGAUGGUAGAAAUUAUGAGAAACCAGGCAAGUUCCUGUGAUCUCAAGGAGUUGGUGGCCAAGUUCAUUCCAGAGUCGAUAGGUAGAGAGAUUGAGAAGGCAACUUCAAGCAUUUUCCCGCUACAGAACGUAUUCAUUCGGAAAGUCAAGAUCCUGAAGGCUCCUAAAUUUGAUCUUGGCAAGUUGAUGGAGGUUCAUGGUGACUAUUCAGAAGAUGUUGGUGUCAAGAUGGAAAGGCCAGCAGAGGAGACCGUGGAAGAGGGAACGGCAACUAACGAAGUAGUUGGAGCUUGAAAAGAUUUUUUUUUCUUCAUCAGAUUGGAAUCAUAUGCAUUGCUCUUAGACUCCAGAGAUAUGAAUCUCUGAUUAGAAGUUUAUUUGGAUAAAAGAUGAUGCCUUUCUUGAGGUUGGUUUCAGGUUAUGACCUAUUUAAAUUUUGGAUUUGGUUUAUGUUUUAAUUUAUAGAUGCGCCUUUUUCUCUA